AGUAGUGUUAUCUUCUUCACUUUGUUUGAUUUCUAUACUCUUUGAUGGCUGCCUUUAAAGUAGAUUGGUCUGAGCUUCCAAAAGAACUUUUGGGUUCAAUCUUACAACGCCUCCCCAUCGUCGAUAACAUCCGUUUCGGAGCUGUCUGUACCUCAUGGAACUCUGUUUCAUCUGACAAAUCAUACAGGCCAUUAGCACCUCAACUUCCAUGGAUGAUGCUUCCUUACAAAGUAGGCCAAGAAGGAAAAGAAACCCGCAAGUUCUUGAAUCUCGCACACAAGAAAAUUUACCAAAUGAAGCUACCAAAAGAGAUUCGUCAUAGUAGAUGUGUUGGUUCCUCUUUUGGUUGGCUUGUAAUCCUUGAUGCAUUCUGUUGUGUUCUUCUCAUGAACCCUUUUUCUGGUGCCAUAAUCCAUCUCCCACCAACUGAAACCUUACCUGAUGUUUUAGGAGUUCAUGUAUCUGAAUCUUCUGGCGAAAUUGAUCAUUAUAUGAUUCGCCGAUAUGGGCCUAAUCGCGAGUGUUCAAUCUCUCCUGGAAGAUUAAGGGUUGGACUUAUGAGUAAGGCAAUUGUUACUGCAGAUCCUUUGGUUGAUAGCAAUUAUAUGGUCAUAGCAAUUGGGUUCUCUGGUUUGGUUUUCUGUAAAGCAGGAGCUGAUUCAUGGACCCAAUUAGAUAGAACAAUGAUUUCAUCCAAAGGUAGUUGUGAAGAUAUUCUAUACUUUAAUGGGUUAUUAUAUGUCCUUAAUGCUUAUGGAGAUAUUAUGGUGUGGGAUCUCAAUGAGCUUCCUCUUAAUAAGGCAAAAGAGGUUGAUCCUCCAUUUGGGGCAACAUCUCUUACAAGACCUCAACCCUAUGGGAAUUGGUUUAUUUGGAAAAGGUAUUUGGCAGAGUCCUCAGGGGAUCUAUUGCAAGUUCUUCUUUGGUUUAGAGAAAGGGAUGGAAAGAGAAAUGUUUAUACAUCAGCUUCAUGUGGUAUUUACAGGCUUGAUUUGAGUACAAAGACUUGGAUUGAAGUGGAAAGUUUAGGUGAUUCUGUAUUGUUCUUGGGUCGUAAUUCCGCGAUUUCUUUAUCAACUCGCAAUUUUCCUGAGUGUAGAGAGAAUUCUAUCUAUUUUGCUGAACAUUUCUGGAAGGGAUGGUUGGAAGAUGAUCCUAAUGUGGAUCAGCAGAAUCUGGGUUUUUUUAGCCUUGAAGAGAGGAGAUUUGUGAAGUACUACUAUUAUGCUUUGAAGAGGAUCAAGCCACCUCUAAUAUGGGUAGUGCCCAAUUUUAUGUAGAAGUUGUUUGUUCAAUAAUUUGGUUGCUAAUAAACAAGAUGAAAUGCUGCUUCUUUUUUUUUUUUCCUUGAAGAAAAUAAUAUCCUUUUGGUGGCU